AUGGAGAAACCCAGCCUCACUGCAAUCAUCAUCGAUGAUUCUGCGAUCAACGUUGGCAGCCCCCUUCCGCUGGAUGCAAACGCGCCUGCGGCCGGACCGGAGACUGCGUCUAUACUGGCGAUGGCUGUCACGUCCUCAUUGAACAGCACGAUGCAGGUCUUUGACCGCCCGAUCAGUUACUGGUGGAGCUUCACAGGAGCGACGCGUAUCGAAGUAUACGGGGCAGCGCUGGAAGACACUGGGAUGGGGGCCGCGACGGCCACGUACAACCUCGAUGGGAACGCGACUACGAGGGCUGUCCCUCUCUCAAUAAACAACAUCGCGAACUUCCCCUUUUUCGUCUCCUCGACGCUCGAUCCUAGCCGUCAGUACAACCUCUCCGUGGAUGUCGACGCUCAGCCGGCAUCCCCGUAUGUGCUGGACUACAUCAUCCUGUACAAGGACUUGGAGUCGACUACGACCAUCGCGCAGGCUCUCGAGAGCAGCUCCGCGACGAGCACGCCGCAAGUUCCGACAAGCCAGUCGUCGGUACCGGCCCUCGAGGCGACGAUCAGACCCUAUGCUCUGCCCGUCAUCGGGGUCUUGGCGGGCUUGUGCGGCAUCCUCCUGGUCGCGUGGGGUCUGGCUCUGAGCCGUGUGCGCAGCACUCGCGGGUGGAGAGGUGUGCUCUCCUCCUCGAGGUACUCUGGUUCGUCCGUCAAACUUCUCCCCAUGGUUUCCAGCCCGCUCACCAGGCGCGUCUCAGAUCCCGAACAGCAGUUCUCGCAAUACCGGAAGAAGAGCCUGCUGCUGCUCGCCGCAGAGCCUGCUCGACCCCUCAGCCCCCUGGAGACCGCUCCCGCCCAGUCCACGUCCGCGGCUCGCAACGCGCGCGCAUUCAGACCCCUCCCGACGCGGGGCCCCGGGCUCCUCCCUCCCUCCCACUUCCCCAACUACCACUCGGUCCGCCCCACCGGGACCUACUACCGCUCCCCUCGCGCCCCCAACCCUUUCGGAUACAGCCCGCUCCCCCGCGCCGACGCCGGAGCGACCGAUCCCGCGCCGAGCCCCACGUCCACCGCGUCGACCUCCGUGCGGUCCCUCGCCUUCGGGGCGCCCCCGGUCGCCCCCCGCACCCCCGGGAUCAUAGUCGCCUCGCAAGCGCGUGCGUACCACAAGGCUGCAGCGGCCGCCGCCGCGGGGCGGCGAUCCGCGGACCGCAAGGGUCAGGUCCGGAGGCAAGGCGGCAGCGCGCGUGCCCCGCCGACCCUGACCACCAUUGUGCAGGACGCGGCGGGCGAGGAGGGGUACGCGGCGGUGCGCAAGGAGAAGCUUAAGGAGGAGGUGCGGCUCGAGCCGCCGUACAUGGGGAGCCUCGAGGACCUGCUCAGAGCGUCGUUCUCGGAAGGCGGCGGCGAUGGGGCGGAGGGUGGGACGGGCGGGACUCGACGCCAUAUCUCGGCGCGCGACACGUGGGAUGGGGAGAGCCCGCCGGCGUACAGCAAGCUUUGA